AUGAACUUGAAGAGCUUGCAAAGGCCAUACAAAGGCCACAUCCAAAGGAUUGACGAGAUGGAACGCAAAUUACGCUUCGUCGAAGAUGAGCUGCGACGAAUUCCAGGCGUCCACAUCAGCAAGUUCGGAAUCGAUUCAUUCCUGGAGCACUCCCAUGAGUACAAGCUGGAACAUGUCGAGGUGAACAUUGCUCAUGUGUACAACUCUUUCGCCGACUUGAAAGCCAGCAGUGCAGAGCUCAUUCGGCGGCGAAACGGGGCUUUGGAAGAAAGCCAUGUGAUGAAGGUGGCUUCCGCUCAGAUAGAACCGGCCAUUGCAGAGGAAGGUCGGCCAUCUCCGGGCGAGGAUCCCUUCAUCGUUGGGGCAUCCCGUCGGCUUCGCGAUGACCCCAGUCCGGUUUCCCAUAAUUCCAUGCUGUCUGCCGUUGCUGGGGUGCUGCCUGUGGAGAUCCAGGACCGGUUUGCUCGAGCUCUCUUUCGCGCGAGCAGAGGCAACGCAUUCACGCACUUCCAGCCAAUUGCAGAGCCCAUACCGGAUGUGGAUGGUGGUCAGCCAGUGGCGAAGUCAGUGUUUGUCACCUACUUUCAAGAUCAAGGAGGAACCGGAUCUUCAUCUGCGAUGCGCGAGAAGAUCAACAAAAUUUGUUCCAGCUUCGCCGUGACACUCUAUCCCUGGCCUCGGAGUAUCGCGGCCGCACAGCAGCGGCGUGCGCAGCUGCAGGAGCAGCUCCAGGAUCAGUCGCGCCUGCUGCAAGAGCACGAGCUUUUUCUUCAAGACGAGGCCAGGGGCCUCCUCCUGGCACCUCGGCCGGGUGGCAGCUCUCUUCUAGAGGAGUGGCGAUUCUUCUGUGCGAAGGAGAAAGCCAUCUACAUCACUCUAAACUGCUUCGAGGGAAACAACAGCUUGCGAGCCAGCUGCUGGUAUGCAUGCUGCGAGGAAGACAGCAUUCGAUCUCUGCUUACGACCGCUCCGACUUUCGCGAUGGAUUUCACAAGCGCCAGUGCUAUGCUGAUUCCUGACAGAGGACGGGCAGGCAAGAUGGCCCCAACCUACAACAAAGCCAAUGCUUUCACUGGCAUAUUCCAAGAGCUGGUGGACACGUAUGGUGUCCCGCGCUACCGCGAAGCCAACCCGGCUCUGUUCACAACCGUGACAUUCCCCUUCCUGUUCGGCGUGAUGUAUGGUGAUGUCGGGCACGGGAUGAUGUUGCUCUCGAUUGCAAUAUGGAGCUUCCGGUCGCAAACUGCAGAAAGCCUACCUGACCUCUUCCGAGCGCGAUAUCUGGUGCUUCUCAUGGGGAUUUUCUCGGUGUACUGCGGUCUGCUAUACAAUGACUUCUUCAGCGUCGGCCUGUGCUUCUUCCCAUCUCGCUGGUCGACUCCGGAGGGGAGGCCCGGAGCGGAGGUCAAGCUGGAGCCACUUUACGACACCCGGAACACGGGAGGCAGGGGACCGUACCCUUUCGGAGUGGAUCCUGCAUGGCAUGGGGCACAGAAUGAGUUGGUGUACAUGAACUCGCUGAAGAUGAAGGUUUCGGUGCUUCUCGGUGUGGCACAGAUGAUGGCCGGCUUGCUGCUGCGAACAGCUAAUGCCAUCUACCAGGGCUGCAAGAUGGACCUCGUCUGCGAAUGUCUGCCGAUGAUCCUCUUCAUGCUCGGCCUGUUCGGCUACAUGGACUAUAUGAUUCUGUACAAGUGGGUCACGCCGAUGGACCCAGCCCCGAGCAUCAUCAACUCUAUGAUCGCGAUGGCAUCUUUCGCCGAUGAUCCAAAUGGCAUGUUCAGCGAGGCGAUUUCUCGAGGAUUAAUGGUGAUCUGCCUUCUCGCAGUUCCCGUUAUGUUGGUGCCCAAGCCCAUCUAUCUCUGGGUCAAACACCGGCAGCGGCAAGAAGCAGCGGAGGAGCAGUGCAGACGCCCGGCGGUUCUUCUCACAAUGGGCUCGCAAAGCCCUGCGCGACACCUGAGGCUGCGGGACGUCGAACAGCAACCCUUGCAUGAGGCCGCGCAGGACGACAAGUUUGAUUUCUCCGACUGCAUCGUGCAUCAGGUGAUCGAGACCAUUGAGUUCGUUCUCGGGACGGUGUCGCACACGGCAUCAUACCUUCGACUCUGGGCACUGUCAUUGGCGCAUCAGCAGCUCUCCCUCGUCUUCUUCAACUUAAUUCUCCUCUCUGGUAUGGCGAUGCCGCUGCCACUGAACAUCUUCGCUAUGUACUUUUGCUUCGCUUUGUGGUUUGGUGUGACGCUGGCAAUCUUGGGUGGCAUGGACGUGAUGGAAUGCUUCCUGCACACCCUCCGGUUGCAUUGGGUGGAGUUCCAAAGCAAGUUCUACAAAGCAGAUGGACAUGCUUUUCAACCAUUCCAACACCGGAGCAUUCUUGCGCAAUGCUUGAAAGAUUGA